AUGAUGGCCCGGUCAGUGUGCUCCCUCUCCGGAACACUGAAGCUCGCGCUCAGCAACCAGUUAACCAGGGUUUAUGGUGCAGCUCCUCAGAGAUACAAGUCCACUUACAUUACCAUACCUCCACCAGCGCGGUAUGGAGGCAGGCACACUGUGACUCUGAUUCCCGGUGAUGGCAUCGGACCAGAGCUGGCCAACCAUGUGUGUGAACUAUUUCGGUUCUGCUGUGUGCCAGUGGACUUUGAGGUUGUCAACGUUGACUCAUCCAUGGCCUCAGAAGAUGACAUCGAUAAUGCCAUAAUGGCUAUCAGACGCAAUGGAGUUGCACUAAAAGGUAAUAUUGAGACCAACCACAACUUGCCCCCAUCCUACAAGUCUAGGAACAACUUGCUCCGCACCACUCUGGAUCUGUAUGCCAAUGUGAUGCACUGUCAGUCUCUACCAGGAGUGAGGACACGCCACAGAAACGUUGACAUUGUGAUCAUCAGGGAGAACACAGAGGGAGAGUACAGCAGCCUGGAGCACGAAAAUGUAACAGGCGUUGUUGAAUGUCUGAAGAUCAUCACCAAGGCCAAAUCUUUGCGCAUCGCUGAUUACGCAUUCAGAACUGCUCGGGCCAAAGGACGCCGACUAGUCACUGCUGUACACAAAGCUAAUAUCAUGAAGUUAGGCGAUGGCCUCUUCCUAGAGUGCUGUAAAGAGGUUGCAAGCGGUUACCCUGAAAUCACCUUUGACAGCAUGAUUGUGGACAACACUACCAUGCAGCUGGUUUGCAGGCCCGAGCAGUUCGAUGUGAUGGUCAUGCCCAACCUGUAUGGCAACGUCGUGAGCAAUGUGUGUGCUGGGCUCGUUGGUGGACCAGGCCUGGUGCCUGGAGCAAACUAUGGAGAGGACUACGCCGUGUUCGAGACGGGCACCAGGAACACCGGGAAGAGCAUUGCGAACAGCAACACAGCCAACCCCACGGCCAUGCUGCUGGCCUCUUGCCUGCUGCUGGAUCACCUGAAGCUCCAUGCCUACGCCAGCAUGAUCCGCAGAGCCGUCCUCUCCAUCCUCACUGAGACUCAGCUGCACACUGCUGACCUGGGAGGCAAAGGCUCCACCUCAGAAGUGGUCCAGUCCGUCAUGAAUGCUGUUCAGAGCACCGGGCCCCAGACACUGAGCAUCUAA